AGAAGCAAACAAACAAGCCAGGUUCGGUGACAUCAUGCAAGCAAUACCAGGGCCACCCAUAUUUGGGGCUGUACAAGAGCCACCGAUGCUUGGGGCCGUGCCACCGCCGUAUCUGUAUACGGGACCAAAGAUGCCCAGUAAAGUGGAAGCGGAAAGCACCGAGAACACAUUUGCUUCUAUGAAAUCUAGAAUUACGCCGAUGCGUGUAAUCGUCACUACAGUGUGCGUUGUGCUGACCGUGGUGCUUUUCUUCGUCGCCAUGGUGGUGCUUCUGUACGGAGAGCAACAUCUCCCUCCCGAUACGGAGGGAGAUUUCACCCCAGAGCCGACGAAGCCUCCUCCGUUGCCCGAAGUUCGGGUGAUCGACAGAGUUGCAAGCACUGCGAGCAGCCCGCUACCCUCGCCAACCUCGAUGGCGACUGCGCCUCCCACCAAACCUGUCCUUCCGGCGCAAACACCCAUGACGCGAUUUCCCAUGGUCUGCGUAUUCGGGACUGCGACGAACCAGUCCCAGCCGCUGCCUGCGGACGGCGUGUGCGACUUCACCUUUUACGACGGCCUCUACGUUGACGGGCUGGACACGCUGCAGAGUCCGCGCUUCAGUGCUCCGGUUGAACACGUGCUCGGUCACGCGGCUCUUCACUCUGCCACGCAGUACGGCCUUUCCUUUGACUACAGAAAGAAAUCAGAGGUGGCACAGGACCUUGAAAUACCGGUAGGGCGUUCCAAGAUUGAAGAACUAUGGACGCGAGGCAUAUGCCAUUACGGAUUUCUUUCCAUCGAGCACGCGGGACAAAACGACGAUCAAGAUUUCCGCGAUAUCAUCCACGUUCUGGCGAGCCUUCACGCCUUGCUGCAAAUGCAACGAAGUCACGCGGCGGAGGCAUCUUAUUUGGCCAUAGGCCUUUUCCUGGAAGACACAGACAUCAAGGGUGCUCUAGACACCAUGAGGCAAGUAUACAUGCCGGAUUUGAUUAUUGCUCAUGGCCACAUCGGAUACGAUGACCGGCAGUUCGGGACAGACUGCAAGAUGAUGUACCCGACGCCAUUCAACUCUGAUGGGCGAUAUCGAGAAAGUCAGCUCAGUGCAGUGGCGAUGCUCGAGAGUAUCAACUACGACACGACUUCCUUGGCCGUCUCGGUGGCGCUUUUCGCGCGACGCUACAAACCGGCGCACCCGGACCCUGUAACGAGUUCCGACGCCACCGGAUUCCUUCCCGGCAUGCAGUGCACAUCGUUCAGGGGCAAAUACUUGAUUCCCGUGUCUCAAUUCUGCACAAAUAGAGACUAUUUGCGCAACCACCGUCAGGACCCCUUCUACACCGGCAGAGCAACUUUUUCCAAGACGCGACAGUCGACUAUACUGUACGACAAUGAGUUUACUUUGGCUGAAAAGAUAAGCUUCCGAACCCGUAAUUUUCAACUAUCGAUCCAAGAGAUACACGUGUUCCGGUAGCGCUUUCGCAUAUGUCCCGACGUGGUCAGUUACCGCGCCACAUAAUUGUCCAUGUAGCCCUUCGUUAAGCAUACCUGAAGGAAAGCAAGCGUUCAGUAUAGAAAAAUUACCAAACAUGUGAUUCUCCUAGGAAAACAGAUAUUGAACGUUGCCGCAACAUUCAUAAUGUGCCGCCCAAUCUUCCACCCAGCGCUGCAGACCUUUACUCCUGAGGUGAAUAGGGAACAAUUUACUCACAACGCUCAGAACUAGAGCCCUUUAAUGUCAGCUCUCCUUAAAAUCCUGUAACUGGUACCCGUAGUAUGAGAUCUCUUCGCAACCUAUUUUUAUGACCUAUUUUAUAUUCCCUAACAACAAAAGCAGCUGAACAUAUCUCCUGACGACUCCCGAUGGUAACGCUUUUAACACUGAAUCAGUAUAGCGGCACAACGUACUGCCACCACCAAAAGGGGUUACGUGUGAGACGAGUACUACAGUGAGAUUCCUCUUUCGCGCUUCCCUAAAAACACUCCGCGCCGUGUAGCGCCGCUGUCACAAAGCCUGCGCAGGGCCUCAGAGAUGCUCGGUGCGCUGGUGCGUGCGAACGGUGAGAAACGCGUCAUGCGGCCACCGGGCUCCUCUCUCAUGCUUCUUUCUGGACACGCUGCGCCAUCUAGGGGCCCUGCCGAAAAGUCCUCUCAUGGCCUCCAAGACGAGAAGCGUGGCACACUGGUGCCUGCCAGUUCUGAGGAUUGUUCCUUCGCUUGGCGCACACUAAGUGGCACCUACUCAAUGAUCCAAAUGGCCGACUGGUUGAUUGAAGAACGGCACAUUCCAAGUGGAACAUAGCUAGUUACUCCAGUUGGCGUCAAAGACGUUCAUUGAAGAGUAGCACACACCUAUUAGCACAUACCCAGUGAUCCAAGUUGGAAUCAAACAGGUUCGUUGAACACCUGCACAGACCGAGUGGCGCAUACCCCUGCAGGGCGCCGAUACGGCGUCAAAGAGUUUCUUCCAACAACGCUGUACCUAGCCAGUCCCAAUAUACAGGGACCUACGCUGGCGUGAAAGGCUCGUCGGAGAGCGGCACGUAUGUACGCAUUGCAACAUACUCAGUGACUCUAGUGUAUCCGAUGGUUGUGUCCAAAGCAAACGACCGCACAUACAAAAGCACACCGUUCGAACAGU